AUGAAGGCACCCAACCGCCCGUUCUGGACACGCCCCCGUCAUUGGCCCCACACCUACUCUCCGGCCUCGCGAUUUGUGGACCCAGCCUCUUCCUGUCUGCACUGGAGCCCCCGCCUCCGCUGUGGCCCCGCCUGCGCUCCCUGCUCCUCAGCGCGGGAACGGCUUGGGGCUGAGGACUGCAGUCCACGUUUGCAUCCACGAACGCCUUGGAGGAACUGUGUCCCGCGCUGCAGGAGGCCAGUCGCCGCUGCCCGCGUCGGGGCCAGCCUCGAAGCUGAGGCCCUAAUUAGUGUGGGGGAUCAGGGUGGAGCAGCAUCCGCGCCCGGGUAUGGCGACCCCGGACGCGGCGACCCUCGGACUGGGAAUGCGGGAUCUGCACCUUGGGCGUCCUUGGAGACACCCGCCCGCCUCCUGCUGCAGGCGCUGCAGGCAGGGCCUGAGGGGGCGCGGCGCGGCCUCGGGGUGCUGCGGGCGCUGGGGUCGCGCGGUGGGGAGCCCUUCGACUGGGGCCGCUUCCUGGAGGCUCUGUGCCAAGAGGAGCCAGUCCUUCAGGGACCCGACGCCCGCCUGGAGCUGAAACCACUGUUGCUGCGAUUGCCUGCGUUAUGCCAGAGGAACCUGAUGUCCCUGCUAAUGGCUGUUCGACCAUCACUGCCUGAAAGCAAGCUCCUCUCUCUGCUGCGGAUUGCCCGACAGGACUCAGUCUCUGCUCCUGAUGCCUGGCUCCGAUCCCUGGGAGCAUUUCUACAAAGGGAUCUGGGGAUUGGAGUGUCUCUUGAGGGAGCCUCACCAUUGUCCGAAGGGUGCCAGAGACAGCUCCAAGGCCUGUGUAGGCAGCUGGGCCAGGGGGGCAGGGGGUUGAAGUUACCCCAGGCUCCAGACCCUGAAGAGGAGGAGGAAGAGGAGGACAGGAACUCACAGCAUCGUGGGAAACGCAGAAUGGAGCCAGAGGAAGAGCCUGCCAGUCCUGAGGGGGAGAGGGCCCCCAAAAGGUUCCGAGAUUGCGAGGGAGAGGAUCAUAAAGAGGAGAGUCUUGAACACGAGUCAUUGGAAUCCCUGACAGAUGGAGGCGCAUCACCCAUUAAGAACCAGCCAGAUGUGGGAGCUGAGGCCAGUGAGGCUAGCCAGAGUCUGGAGGAAGCCAAGGGUCUUGCUACAAGCAUGAAGUUGCCCAGAGCUGUCCAGGACCAGGUGCCCAGGCUGCAGCAGCUACUGAAGACCUGUGGGGAGGGAAUGGAGGGGUUGGAGGCUGCCCCACCAAGUGAGCUGCAGCUUCUCCAUGAAUGUAGUCCCAGCCAGAUGGAGCUGCUGUGUGCCCAGCUGCAGCUCCCCCAGCUCUCAGCGGCAGGCCUCCUGCAGCUCUGCACCUGGCUGCUGGCCCUCUCCCCAGACCUCAGCUUCAGCAAUGCCACUGUGCUGACCAGGAGCCUCUUUCUUGGACGGAUCCUCUCCCUGACUUCCUCUGCUUCCCGGCUGCUCAGGACGGCCCUGACUUCGUUCUGUGCCAAGUACACCUACCCUGUCUGCAGAGCCCUCCUUGUCCCCGUGCUCCAGGCUCCCAGCAUAGGUCCAGCUCAGACAGAGUUACUGUGUGGCCUUAUGAAGGACGAAUCCCUGGAGCCAGACACACAGGGCCUAAUGCUGGGGCAGAUCUUGGAGCUGACCUGGAAGGAAGAGACUUUCCUGGUGCUGCAGUCACUCCUGGAACGGCAGGUAGAGAUGACCCCGGGCAAGUUCAGCAUCUUGAUGGAGAAGCUCUGUACUGAGGGGCUGGCAGCCACCACCUCCAUGGCCUAUGCCAAACUCUUGCUGACGGUGAUGACCAAGUACCAGGCCAGUGCUGCAGAGGCCAUCUUGACCUCCCAGUCAGGAGGGGGAGCUCUGGGGUGA